AUGGGGGAGGACACCGAGAGCUCCAAAGUCAACCACAGCUUCCUGCGAGACUACGUCACCGAAGCUGAUAGAGAGACCGUGGUUGGUCACAAGGUGCUCAUAGAGGGGCUCAUGGUCAUCUCUGUAGUAUUGGUCAUAGAGGGGUCUAGAAUGGUCAAAGAAUGCCUAAAGGGAGUUGGAUCAGGUGGGGAGACGGGUGAGUCGGGGGAGUAUAAUGUGUACAGUACCUUCCAGAGCCACGAGCCUGACUUUGACUACCUGAAGAGUCUGGAGAUCGAGGAGAAGAUCAACAAGAUACGAUGGCUGCCUCAACAGAACGCCGCCCACUUCCUGCUCUCCACCAACGAUAAGACCAUCAAGCUGUGGAAGGUGAGUGAGCGAGACAAGCAACCGGAGGGCUACAACCUGAAAGAUGAGGAGGGCAGGGUGAAGGACAUCUCUACAGUCACAUCACUACAGGUUCCUGUGUUGAGACCUACAGACCUGAUGGUGGAGGUACGUCCUAGGAGGGUGUUCUCCAAUGGUCAUACCUACCAUGUUAACUCCAUAUCGGUCAACAGUGACGGAGAGACCUACCUGUCAGCUGAUGACCUGAGGAUCAACAUGUGGCAUCUGGGGAUCACAGACCGCAGCUUCA